AUGUCCGUGGAAAGACACACUCAACAAAGACCAUUUAAGUGCCCAAUUUGCAAUGGUUCGCGAUUUGAUUCCCCUGAUGCGCUAAAUCGACACUUGAUUAUCAAUCAUAAUGAUAUCGUUAUGGACUCUGACACCGAUGAUUUUACAUUGUAUGAUGAAAAUGAAGAAUUGAAUUUAGGGAAAGUCAAAGAUGUUUACGUGAAGAGAGAGGUCAGCAAAGACGAAGCUGUCAUUUUUAUGAAAGGAAAAGACAAUAAAGAUGAAAUCAUACCACUAAGUAAUACCGCAAAAUUAUCUUAUCGUGAUGUUCUCGUUAAAGGAAGAGCCAAUGAAACCAAAGACUUAGAGGAUUUAUUAAUAGACGGAAUGGAUGUUAUUCCAUCAUCACCGGAGAGUCAAGUUGUAUAUGAUUUGAAAAUGAAAAUUAUGAUGUUACCCGACGCACCACAAGAAGUAUUGUCUGAGGCCAAACAGGAAAACCUUAUUUUUGAAACACUUCGUGAAGUUUACAAAGAUACAAAGGCUGGGGAAUACUUUGAAAAAGCCUUUGAAAUGUUGGAAAGGGGAUUUUGA